UCGGACACGUGUCAUUCCGGAGGCAUCUCCCUCCACGCAGAGCGAUAUAGAAGCAAGGGGAACCAUAUAUAUAAAAGCAUAGUUCUAACGGAAGCACAGUGGCGAAGUAAGAUGUUUAUGGUGGCAAGACCUUGUGGUUCUCCAGUGCGCGUUCAUCAACUGCAUCCUACGCCGCACCGUAGCAGAAACGUCGUCGUUCGAUGCUCCUUGAGCAGCGUGAAGGAGAUAGAAGAGAAGCGUGAAUUAGAUUCCGAGCUGCGCGUUUCGGUGGCAUUUCCUCCGAUAAGGGCGGCAAAGAGGGUGGUUCUGGUGAGGCACGGCCAGAGCACAUGGAACGCCGAAGGGAGGAUCCAAGGAAGUUCCAAUUUCUCGGUUUUGACGAAGAAGGGCGAGUCUCAGGCUGAGACUUCGCGCCAAAUGCUCAUCGAUGACCACUUCGAUGCUUGCUUUUCGAGUCCUUUGGCUCGAUCCAAGAGAACCGCUGAAAUCAUUUGGGGACCUCGCCAAGAACCCAUCAUUCCGGAUUUUGAUUUGAGGGAAAUUGAUUUGUACUCCUUUCAAGGUCUGUUGAAGCAUGAGGGGAAAGCGAGAUUUGGUUCUGCUUAUCGCCAAUGGCAGGUGGAUGCGGCAAAUUUCAUCAUUGAUGGUCACUAUCCAGUUAGAGAGUUGUGGGAGCGUGCUAAAAGCUGCUGGACUAAAAUCUUAGCUCAUGAUAGCAGGUCUGUUCUUGUGGUUGCUCACAAUGCUGUUAAUCAGGCUCUUGUUGCCACAGCAAUUGGUUUGGGGUCCGAGUAUUUCAGAACUUUGCUUCAGAGCAAUUGUGGUGUUAGUGUUCUGGAUUUCAUCCCAAGAUCUGAGGGUGGCUCUCCACAUAUUUGCCUAAACCGCUUAAAUCAGACUCCUGGUUCACCUAUUGCUGGUGGGAAAUCUAGUGGUAGAGAUACAAAAAGGCGAAUCAUACUUGUUUGUAAUGGAUCCACACAAGGAAAUAUAGAGGACGGUUUUCCUUUUACUGGUGAUCAACCGUUGAACAUGCUUGGUGUCAUACAGUCUCAGAAGUCUGCAGAGCUACUUCUUGAUUUGAAAGUGAAUUCCAUAAUUAGCAGUCCUAACAAAGCUUGUGUUGAGACUGCCGUGGCCAUCUCUAAGGUGCAAGAAGCAGCAGAUUGCCUGGGUGCUGACUGUGUGCCACGUUAUGUUGAAAUGAAGCAGAUGGGGAACCUUGAUAUUGAAGCUAUCUUCAAACAAUCUGAAAUGGAUAAAUCCAAUUUUCCGCCAUUUCAACCUGGGUGGUUAAAUAGAGUUGAUGGUGGACUGAGAACAGCAUUAUGGGAUCAAUCUGGAAAAGCUUGGAGAUCCCUGUUAGAUGAAAUAUCUGAUGACUCUGGGUCAGAAGUUGUAGUUGCAGUUGGUCAUGCUGCGAUCCACAUAGCAUUAAUGGGGCAUUGCCUUAAUUUGACGAAAGACUGGUUGGGAUCAUUUCAUCUUGAUGCAGGGAGCAUUAGUGUCCUUGACUUCCCUGAUGGACCUAAGGGCAGAGGUGUCGUCAGGUGCAUAAAUUAUACUGCACAUUUGGGGAGAUGGUCCAUCCCUAUCACCAGAUCAACAGAGGAUGGUGAAGAGUUUUAACUGUAAACUUGUGAUUUCUAAUAUUUAGUUGAAAUGACACCCAGCAUCCCAUUGUCGAGUUUCAGAGGUUCAACGUGAUCAUGAUUGUUGAAAUUUUAAGGCAUGAUAGCAAAAAUGAUAUCUUAGUCUCAGUGAGGUAACCUGGGAUGGGACAACACGGUUCUUCCUUCCUGCUGAUGUAUUUCACUUCAAGGUAGUGUGAUGGGUGCAGUUCACAAUACCCAUCAUCCAAGAUCACUUUGUCAUCUGUUCUGUAUUUUUCCUUGCCAAUAGCAAUUUUAAAUAUUGGUACUAACUUUGAAUCAUGACUUUAUUUUGUUAUACGCACCCGUAGUCAGUAGGUAUGGAGUACUGAUACAUGUUAAAUACGCUUGGAAAUUUAUCAAAAUGAUUUUUUUAAAUAAUUGUAUACCACAUACGUAUGACUUUGAUUAGACUAGGUGCGACUUCAGGUAUAGCUAGUUAUAUUUUAAAUUAGAUCACUUUAUUUCUAAGAUGACAAGUUUUUAUUUAAUUAAAUUCAUUUAUCCUUAUU